AUGGACGCGCAUUCGAAAUCGUUACAUAUUGAGCCUCCGUUACUCAACUCAGCAAAUCCAUGGUGUUCCACGCUCGAGCAACUGCAAGAGCUCUACGACUGCCCCAGCACUGGUGCCGUAACUACCAGGACGUCGUUACUUGAAGGUUUCCCCAACGAUGAGAAGAUUCACCAAUUUGCAUUCUUCAGCCCAUCUACACAUGAAGCUGGCAGCGCAAAUCCGACUGGGCAAGAGACGGCAGACGCAAGCGGCAGUUUGAACACGCUCGGCUAUAGCCCUCUACCGUUAAAACAGUAUCUAGGCUUCAUCAAGACUAUAUCGGAUCAUAUGACAGGAACAUCGACUAGCACAAGCCGCAUCAAGCCUUUCAUUGUUUCAGUCACAGGGGCGGUGGAGGAGGUUGUUGAGUGCUAUAGGCAGAUACAUGAACAGCAGAAUCAUGUCCGCAUGGCGCUCGCGAUGGAAGUCAAUCUCUCUUGUCCGAACAUUCCAGGAAAGCCGCCACCAGCUUAUAGCUCGAAAGCUCUUUUAGCCUAUCUUGCCGCUUUGAAGCAGGAGAUUGCGCGGCAAGUAGAGCCGGUAUUACCAGGGAAGCAUACGCAUGUUGGCACUACUCAUGUCCCGAUUGGCAUCAAAACACCUCCUUACACUUAUCACGAUCAAUACCAAGCAAUGAUCGAUGCCUUGCUUGGAUCCGCAAAAGCGGAGCCGGCUCACCUUCCCUGUCCAAUAUCGUUCAUAACAGCCACCAACACGCUCGGCUCCUCCCUACUUCUACAUCCGAUCGCUGAGCCCACAGCUUCCUCCCCCGCACCGCAUGAGUAUUAUCAUCAUGUUCUCAACUCCGCAAACGGGACUGGAAUCGGAGGCUUGGCUGGCGCCCCUUUGCAUCCCAUUGCCUUAGGCAAUGUCUACACGAUCAAAGGCUUAUUAUUCCAGCAUGACGAGCUGAGCCAAAUUCAGAUCAUUGGCGUAGGUGGCGUUGAAGAUGCGGAGGGUUAUAAGAGGAUGAGAGCCGUAGGCGCAACGGCCGUGGGCGUAGGAACCGCUUUGGGGCGCAAAGGCGUCCAGGCAUUCGCGGACAUCGCAAAAGGACUAAGAACUUAA